GCUUAUCGCGCUGAUAAGCGGCGUGGCUGGUGCGACGACCCACUUAUUUUCAUCACCCGUCUCCGGCUUGCGACCCGGGCGGCGCCGUUCACCCAACCCAAGCGUCCAAGCCUCCGUCUACCGAGUAUCGUCAGUGUGCAUUGAAUCCAGCAAGCUACGAUGAGCAAACCGGUAUUAUCUUUUGGACUAAAGAAGGCCGGCCCAUCCAAGCCCGCGCCUGCGCUCCAAAAACGAGCGCCGUUCGGCGGCGGAGGCGACGAUGACGGGUCGGGGGACGAGGCCGCACCGAACAAUGUAGCCCAGGUCUCUGAACUCGACCUCUUGGGCAGCACACCAUCCACAAACCCAAGCGACCCUCUCGAAAGCAGGAAAAAGCCCAGCAACAAAAAACACCUCCAUCCCAACGACAGCCCACCUUCACAACCCCCACGACCCCCGGCUCCCCCCAAACCGGACCAAUUCACCGACCUCUCCAGCGCCCUCACCUCCCGCAAACACGCCAGCUCGGCCGAAGCCGCCGACCCGUCCAUCUACGACUACGAUGCCGCCUACGACUCCUUCAAAGCCGCCAAGCAGGCCGCCCAGAAGGCCGCCUCCGGCGGCGACGACGACGCGCAGAGCAAGCGGCCGCGGUACUUCAGCGCGCUGCAGCAGACGGCGGACGUGCGGGCGCGGGACCGGCAGCUGGCGGAGGAGCGGCGGCUGGCGCGGGAGCGGGCGGCCGAGGGCGACGCGUUCGCGGGCAAGGAGCAGUUCGCCACCGAGGCGUACCAGCGGCAGCUCGCGGAGAACCGGCGGCUGCGGGCCGAGGAGGAGGCGCGCGAGGCCGGCGAGAGGGAGCGCAACAAGGGCCGGGGCCUGGCCGUCUUCUACCAGGACAUGCUGGAGCGCGGCGAGAGGGAGCACGCCGCGCUGGUGAAGGCUGCUGAGGAAGGGGUUGGGGCGCGGGCCGGUCAGGCGGGUGCGGAUGGGGAAGGGGAGGCGGAGGAGGACAGGGAGAAGAGCGCGGCGGAACGGGCGAGGGAGAUCAAUGCUAUGGGCGGCAAUGUGUUGAUCAAUGAGGACGGGGAGGUGGUGGAUAAGAGGCAGCUGUUGAAGGGCGGGCUGAACGUGGCCGCCAAGAAGAAGGCCGAGGUGCAGCAGGAGAGGGCGAGGCAGGAGGCGGCCGCGGCCGCGGCUGCGCGGACAGGAGCCGGUGUGCAGAGCAAAGGGGUGUAUGCGGCGGGCGGGAAACGGGCCAUGCGCGAGCGCCAGUCGAGGAUGCUGGAGGCGCAGCUCGAGGAGUCGCUCAAGCGGUCGCGCCAGGAGGAGGAGGAGGAGGCGGCCAAGAUCGCGCUGGCCAGUAAGAGCCGGAAGACGGCGGCUGACUUUUCGAGCGCGAAGGAGAGGUAUCUGGCGAGAAAGAGGGCUGCCGAGGAGGCGAAGAAAAACGGGGCGACAGAGGGGUCGUAAGCGGCAGUCCGUUUGACCACGGGGGCUGUCGCUGGCGAUAUCCCCGGGCUCUCUCGCUGCCACAAUGCCUUGCGUGCCACUGUGUAGACCUCUGUAACUAUGGAGCAGUUGCGGCGUGCAGCACAUCUCCAACCC